AUGCGCUUCGGCAAGACCUUGCAGACGUCGGUCUACCCGCCAUGGAAGGACCACUACAUCGACUACCGAGCUCUCAAGAAGCUGCUGCGCGAGCACGAAGGCUCCGAGGAUGGCGAAGACGGCGAGGGCAGGCCGUGGACCGAUGAGGACGAGGAGAACUUCGUGCAGGAGCUUGUCAAUGUCCAGCUCGACAAGGUCAACUCGUUUCAGGUCGAGACUCACAAGCGGCUGCGGGAGCAGACGGCCGAGUGCGAGGCCGCGUUGGAGCCGGUGGCAGCGCAGCAGGGCGAGACAAACCUAGAGAACGUGAAGAAGAACGAAGCUAUUGCGCAGGAAACCCUCAGCAAGCUCGACCAUAUCACCGAAGAGCUGGGCGAGCUCGAGAAGUUUAGCCGUAUCAACUUCACCGGCUUUCUCAAAGCGGCCAAGAAGCAUGACCGCAGGCGCGGAGCCAAGUACAAGGUCCGCCCGCUGCUGCAGGUCCGCAUGUCGCAGCUCCCGUUCAACUCGGAGGACUACUCGCCCCUGCUGUACCGCUUGUCAGCCAUGUUCUCCUUCAUCAGGUCCAUCCUGGGCACGGAGGGACAACCGGUGCAUAAGGACGGGCCGGCUGCGGAUACCCAGACCGGCCGCGAGGCAUACACCUCCCACAAAUUCUGGGUCCAUACGGACAACCUGCUAGAGGUCAAGACCUACAUUCUUCGCCGUCUGCCCGUGCUUGUCUAUAACCCGAAUACCUCAAAGGAGCUCGAUGUCGCCCAGCGGGACCCCUCGCUCACAUCGCUCUAUUUUGAUAGCCGCUCUUUCGACCUGUAUAACCAAAAGGUCGCCCACCAAGCCGGCUGCCGGCUCCCUCCGCCUGCGCUGGACUGUCGUGAGAUCCGAAUCCGCCUCAAGAAGAAGCACAUCAAUGCAUUCCUUGACGGAACUUAUAAGAUGGAGAAGAUCAUCCACAAGAUCGAGAUCCAGGGUACCGGUGAUCCUCAACGCGCGGACAAUCUCAAGCGAGAUGUCGAGGAAAUCCAGGAGUUUAUCAAGAACUACGGGUUGGAGCCCAUGGUUCGUGCAAACUAUACCCACACCGCAUUCCAGAUCCCUGGCGAUGAUCGCCUCCGUAUCUCUCUCGACACGGAUCUAGCUCUUAUCCGCGAGGACACCCUAGAUCUCGAGCGCCCGUGCCGUGAUCCCGAGGACUGGCAUCGUUCAGACAUCGACAACCGGAAAAUGGAGUUUCCUUUUUCGGAAAUCCCCCGUGGUGAGAUCUCUCGCUUCCCUCAUGCCCUCCUAGAGAUUAAGAUCCGCAAUACCAGCGGUAAACGCCGUGGUAGCAACGUUGAGGCCUGGCUCUCAGACCUCAUGUCCUCUCACCUUGUCAAAGAAGCACCACGCUUCUCCAAGUUCGUCCAUGGUGUCGCCCAGUUGUUUGAAGACAACAUCAACAGCUUCCCCUUCUGGCUCAGUGACCUGGAUACGGAUAUCAGACAAGACCCGGAAACCGCCUUCCAGCAAGAACAAGAACGAAUUGCCAAAAAGGCCGAAGACGAGCUCGCUGUCGGCAGCUUCCUUGGUAGCCGCCAGACCCUUCCCAGUAUCCAGCACCUUGUCGGCUCUCCUAUCAGCCACAUGAUGACGGAAGAAUCAACUCCCAAGACCCAAAUCCGCAUUCAGGACGUAGUUCAGCAUACCUCUCCUCGUCCCGAGGCUCAAUCCCAAUCCCAGGCCGAGCUCACUCCUCGGCCUCCCAUUCCCGAGCUUAGCCUGCCUCCAUCUACUGAGCAGGCCAAUGGAGCUCAAGCCCAACCGUCAUCCCGGCCAACAUCCUCGUUGCUUCGUAUCCCAUUCUCCAUGUCCCGCUAUGCCCUUGCCCACCGCUCGACCCAACCCCAGCUACCCACUGGUGUCUCAAUGCCAAGCUACUGGCUCAAGGACACUGGCCCUGUCCGUGUUGAAGCCAAAGUUUGGCUCGCCAACCAACGCACCUUCGUUAAAUGGCAGCACAUCUGUAUUAUGCUCGCUGGUAUCUCGCUGACCAUGUAUAAUGCCGCUGGGCCCGACAAGACCGUCACCCGCUACCUUGCUCUUGUGUAUACUGGCUUCGCCAUCUUCGCCGGAGCCUGGGGAUGGUGGAUGUAUGAAUCUCGCUCACGGUUGAUCCGCGAGCGCAGUGGAAAGGACUUUGACAAUGUCAUUGGCCCUCUGGUUGUCUGUCUGGGUGUAGCAGUUGCUUUGGUGUUGAAUUUCUGGUUCAAGUAUGCUUCUAUCGUCUGGGCAGAUCCCGUACCCAACGCACCGUCACCAACCGGGAACAUCAUCGAGGCCACUACCGCCUCGCUGCCAUUUAUGACAGCUCGGCCUCAGUUCCAGGCCCAGCCAAACGUCUAA